UCCGGUGUAGUUCUUGUUGUCAGGGACGCGUUAAUAAAAAAAAAAAAAUUGUUUUCUGGGUGGGUUGAUUUUGAAGAAGAAAAUGGCAAAGGAACCCAUGAACGCCUCGGAUUUCGAUCGACUUAUUUGCACAAUUAGACAAGAAACUAAUUCACACGAGAGGAAACUACAUUAUCUCUACACUUCUUGUGGAUAUUUCAAUGCUGAGCAGGCAGCUAGAAUUCUCUAUGAAUUGCCAAGACCAGCUGAUAAAGUUGCAGCUUUGAGAAUUUUAGAGCCUCGCUUGUGUCGAAUGACAUGCAGAGAAGCUAGGAAAAUCGUUGAAGCAGUCAGUAUUCACAAUGACAGACUGAUUGCUCUUGAUUGUGUCAAAAGGGUUUUGAUAGAUAGCCAGAGCACACUUGGAGAGGAAUACUCUCUAAGCAGCAUGAUAUAUGAGAAUGACAAGAGUCGAGCAAGAGCCAUUCAGAAGACGGUUCGAUCAGAUGUUGCUGACCAAGUAGCUGCAGGGGGUCAUCAAGGCUAUGCUCCAUUUGGCACUCUCUAUACUCAGUCUCGUCCUCUACUUUUUAACCUUUAUGGAGAUAUACAAAAGCAAACUGAGGAAAUGCCUGGUCAUGGCAGAAUCAACAUUCUUCCCACAGCUGAUCCAACUGUAAUACCUUCACUCUACACUGGCCACCCAUCCUAUGCCUACCCUCCUGACAUCGCCUACGCUGAUGUUCGAUCUUACCCAGGGACCUCAGGUUUCCCAGCCCACAUCACAGCAUCAAGUGGUUACCCGGGUGGAGCACCCCCUCUUGGUCAUCACAGUGGUGCUCCUGCACCCACAGGAUUUCAAAAGCUGGAUGAAGCUCACAUAGCCUAUUGAUGUCAUGUUAAGCUCAUUACUGGGAGUUUGAAUGAUGUAUUUACAUUGAAAAACAAUGAAGAGCUCCAGCUAAGAUAAAUCUAAAUAAAAUUGAAAUACAUGUUUUUCUGGAUUGAAAACUCAAAUGAUUUCUGGUUAUGUUUUAAAUAUAACUUAGUUCACAAAAUUGAUUUGAAUCUAUUCCAUCUUAGAGUGGAAAAGAAUAAAGAAACUGUACCCGAUUUUAUAUAUGCAUAGCUUUAUUAUGUUAAAGGUAUAUACAUAUUAUAUUAAUGAAAAUAAAAGUAUUUCAUUUAAAUAUUGCAUCUUUUUAAAGUAGUUUUAUAAACUAUGCUGAACAGUUUUCAAAUGUUGACACUGAAAAGGUUUGUAAAUAACAAGAAUUUGUAAAUAAAGAGGCAGAAAAUAAAAAUAUUUUGCUUUCAUUGCUCUACCGAAACAAAUAAUAAAACACAGUACUGAUACAUGGAAAUAUUUU